AUGAAUGGAAGUCCCAGAUGCCUCACUUUCAAUGGCUACCAUAUGCUUUGGUCCCAAUGGAAAGAAGCGUACAUAUGGGAUCAAACCUCGACAUCAUGCCACAUUCACGAGAAGCUCACUGAGGAUCAUUUUAGCCUUACUCCCAGUUCCAGGAUGAGAAAUCAUUUGGCGGAGGACGUACUGGAUAAAAAGAUGCUGUUUCUGAUGCAGGUAUAGCAUAAAAGCUGCAUUAAAUAUUUAUACUGACACAAAAGCGGUUUUAAAUUAUUCACAAUAUAAGCAACCCUAUGAUUAUAGCAUACAUGCAUGCAUGCAUGCACAGCCUGCAUGCACAGCCUGCAUGUACAUUGUACAUCAUCUAGCGUGCCACAUGUAUGUACAGUAUAGGUCUGAAUCCUUAGUAUACCGUAUUGCGCAAGCAAGAGUAAAUAGGUUCAAAUUUGACUUAUUCUAAACUUGCGGCAGUGGAUGUCAAAUACGAAUAAUUUGAUUAACCUUAUUUAAUCUGAAACAUGUUACAAAAAGCAAAGAACUUGCAUGGUGUGAUAUAAGAUCACUGCAUCAUACUUUACACGUAUUUUAUAUUCUCAUGCAUAACAAUUGUUUAGGCUUACAAAGAUCACUUGGACAAAACUGGUCAAAAUUCAAGCAGACUGGAUAUGUCUAUCGAAUUUCUGCUCCAUACAAGCCGAGUAGUGGAACUGUUCAGUGACAAGCAGUUCAUUCAUGACGUCCAAGACAACCGCUUGGUUAAUUUAGCGAAGUGCCUUGAUUUCUUUAAGAAUUGGAAAGCUCAGUGUACGGAGAACAAGCAUUUCAUCUCAGAUAAACUAUGGUUCGACUUGCAGUCGCUGAUUCACGGUUUUAUAGCAAUAGUACGCUAUAAAUUAUCGAGAUUUCCCGAAUCAGUUAUAAGGCCAGCAAUUGUUAACCAAGAUGUAUGUGAAAAUCAUUUUUCACAAUUGAGAGGUGCGAACGCCCAAAAUGAAAAUCCAACUUAUUUGCUUACUCAAACCACGCAAAAUGCUGUAAUAUUUGGUCAAUCUAUAAUAAGCAGGAAAAGCAAUACAGGUGUGGAAAAGAAUGAAAUUGUUGCGAACCUACCAGUUAGCCGUGGUGUCUUCAAGAAAAAAUGA